UGACAGGCGGGGCGACCCGGCGGGCUGCUGGUGCGCCGGCCGCCCUCAGUCUGCCUGUCGGCUCGCUCUGGGGCCGCAUCUGUCCGUCGAUCGAUCCGCGGACGCCCGCCCCACGCUCGGCGGGUGGGCUCCCGGCCCCUGGAUCUCGCGGGGCGCAGACUGCAUGGCUCCUCUCUGCCUCAACUGCUCCACCCUCCCUGGAGACAGGUCCCUGGGUACAAGGAGCCCGGUGCCCUGCAAUGGCAGCGGGGCUCUGGGGCCCUUUGACCCCCAGGACUUGAACCUGACUGAUGAGGAGCUCAGGCUCAAGUACCUGGGGCCCCAGCAGACGGAGCUGUUCGUGCCCAUCUGUGUCACGUACCUGUUGAUCUUCGUGCUGGGCGCCGUGGGCAACGCGCUGACCUGCAUGGUCAUCCUGCGCCACAGGUCCAUGCGCACGCCCACCAACUACUACCUCUUCAGCCUGGCCGUGUCAGACCUGCUGGUGCUGCUCCUGGGUCUGCCCCUGGAGCUCUAUGAGAUGUGGCGCAACUACCCUUUCCUGCUGGGCGCCGGUGGCUGCUACUUCCGCACGAUGCUCUUCGAGACUGUCUGCCUGGCCUCGGUGCUCAACGUCACCGCCCUGAGCAUAGAGCGCUACGUGGCCGUGGUGCACCCGCUGCAGGCCAGGUCUGUAGUGACGCACGCCCACGUGCGCCGCGUGCUCGGGGCCAUCUGGGGCCUCGCCCUGCUCUGCUCUCUGCCCAACACCAGCCUGCACGGCAUCCGGCAGCUGGACGUGCCCUGCCGGGGCACAGUGCCCGACUCGGCCGUGUGCACCUUGGUCCACCGGAGAGCCCUCUACAACCUGGUCGUGCAGGCCACCGCGCUGCUCUUCUUCUGCCUGCCCAUGGUCACCAUCAGCGUGCUCUACCUGCUCAUCGGGCUGCGGCUGCGGCGCGACAGGCUGCUGAUUCUCAGGGAGGAGGCCGAGGGCAGUGCCAGGACUAGCGACGGCCGCAGGCUCCAGCCGCUGCAGGAUAGGGGUCGGACACAGGUGACCAAGAUGUUGUUUGUCCUGGUCGUGGUGUUUGGGAUCUGCUGGGCCCCGUUCCACAUCGACCGCCUCAUGUGGAGCCUCGUGUCCCGCUGGACCGAGGGCCUGCACCUGGCCUUCCAGUACGUGCACGUCGUCUCCGGCGUCUUCUUCUACUUUAGCUCGGCCGCCAACCCUGUGCUCUACAGCCUCAUGUCCAGCCGCUUCCGGGACACCUUCUGGGAGGCCCUGUGCCCGGGGACCCGGUGCCGCCGCCACGGACCCCGCUGCAGCUCCCACAGCCUCAGCAGGGUGACCACGGGCAGCACCCUGGGUGACAUGGGCUCCCCCAGCAGCAGGGCCCAGCCCCUGGCUGAGAACGGUGGCCCAGAGGGGUGGCAAGAGACGGACCCCUCCUGAGAGGAGCCUCAGGCAGCUUCACCCUGAGGGGCCACAGGGCCACGCCCAGCUUUGGGGGCCACACCUGCCUCCUCUGCAGCGUGUCUUCGUGGCCUGUCCCCCUUCGUGCCCCGUCCCCACUUCAGCCUAGAAACCCUGACCAGCACCUCAGUGAUCCUGCCCCACCCAUGGAUCGGAAGGACUGUAAGGUUGCUGUCUGUCCUCCAGACUCUCAGGUCCCCAGUUCCAGCCCUUCCCCUGGAAGGGGAACAUUGUGGCCGGAUAACUGCACACGGCAAGACUCCAUCUGGGGACCCCCCACCCCCAGCGCGUUUCUGAAGUGUUUCCGUGGCGCCCUACCUUUCCUGCCCAUUUCUUGCAGAGCUUCUGCAAGUUCUGGCCCAUUCUGUCCCUCUCUAGCUCUUGGCCUGCACCUGGGAUUCUGACCCGACCCCUCCCGGGCCCCCAGUCGGCUUGUUUUGCUCUGGGAGCUCCACCCGGUGGAGCCACUAAGCGGCAGGUGUGUCAGGGAUCCGGGAGACCUGGCUCCGGUCUCAGCUGAGCCACCACCACCUGGCCCUGGCAUCAAGCAAACUGCCUCGCCUUACAAGCCUCGGGCCCUGUUUGCAAAAUGAAAGGGGCCGUGACAUUCUGGAGUGUGGCGCUUUGGCACUUUAGCUGUGGUUUUCUGUGUGCGUGCCUAAGUCCCUGCUUGUAACAAAACAGAUACCCUCAGAUUAGCAAGGCGGAAAUUACUCUUUACAUCCUCACUAACCCCCAACCCUUACUCCCUCCCUGACCUCUACAAGCCCCCCACCCCACCCCCUCGAGAGCCACUCAGGGAACAUUCUUUGCUUGUCCUAGAGCAAGUGAGGCUUGGCACCGACCAAGGGACUGUGUGUGAGCAGAGGCCCCUGCCUGCCUCUGUCUUCACCUCCUCACAGGCUGGCUUGGGGGCCUGAGAUGAGCAGAGAAUUGGGCCUGACUGGCCAGAGAAUCUCUGGGGGCAAGAGACAUGGGCCAACCAAGGGCAACGAGUGACUCCGCGAGAACUGCUUGGGACUCAGUGAGGUGAGAAGAGAGACACGUGAGUCCUGAAACGGAGCUCCAUCCCGAAUCCCUGUGGGUAACUGGGUGCUCAGUCAGGACCCAGUUAAUGGCCAGAACUUGUCCUGCUGCAGCCCCUGACCUGUCCUCCUCCUAAGAGGGGACUGCAGCAGAAGGAGCCCUGGCCUCCUUUGUGGGGAGCUGCAGGACGCCCAGGGUGCUACAGGUUCUCCCUGCAGACUCUCCACAGCUCAGGCCCCAGGUCCCCUGACUGCAAAGUGGAGAAGAUUGUACAAAAAUGUCCUGGAGAUUUUGAAAUUCAGUUGUAAAAAUAAUAAAUACUCAUUUUGAAAAAUUGGAAAGUACAAAUGAGCAAAAAUGAAAACAAUUUAAAAUAAUUAAAACCCACGCUUGCUAGGGGAUGGGGGGAGGGGGAAAUAGAGAGUUGUUUAAUGGGUACAGAGUUUCAGUUUUUUAAGAUGAAAAAGUUCUGGAGAUUGGUGGCAAAACAAUGUGAAUAUGCUUGAACAAUAUUGAAUUGUACACCUAACUGGUUAAGAUUUAAAUUGUAUAUGUAUUUUACUACAGUUUUUUUUAAAGAAAGGAUUAAGUCUAAAGGAAAAGAAAAAAUUAAAAAGCCACCCAUAGCUUUACCUUCCAGGGGUAACCACCACAUAUAAGACAGGAUGGGGGGAUCUGAGAAAGGAGCUUGUGAAAAGAGGCUGUGCUGAGCUAGGAGUUCCCAAUGUCACCGCUGAAAUGAGCUCCCAGGCGGCCUUGGGGUGUCGUCGGGGGAAGCAGCUGAGGCCAGACUUCAGGCUGGAGCCUGCCGUUGUUCCCAAAGACAAACUGGACUCCCCGGGGCCUCUCUUAAGUGACAGAGACCACAUGCUCCUGAGGCUCUGGUCAGUAUUUAUGAAGGGACUACUAUGGGCAGAGAAGCACUGGGCAGGUUGGGGAAGGGGGGGAUGUGAGUUAUCAGAAGGCCUGGGCUCUGUAAAUUUGAUGUCUCUCAGGUGUCUCCACGGCAUGUCUGUGGAUAGGUCCCACUUGUCAUGAGUCACUAGUUACCAUGGAAAGUGGAAGCAGCAGCUGUGGGCUCAGCCCUGGAGAAAAAAGGAUGGAGGUGGAAAGGCCAGCCAGCAAGCUCGCACUCUCUGCUGGAAGCAGCAUCCCCUGCAGCUUGCUCUUCUGCACUGGUCACGGGGGUAGCAGCAUUCCCGAGUGCCCAGUGCUGCUCCCAGGACAGGAGUCCUGGCUCAUCUGGGACUCGAGUCACCUCCCGUCCUGGCUCUGGCUGCAGUCACACAGAUCUCUCCUCCUCCCAUGUUCGAGCGUUUGGGCCCGCUCUACUUUCCGUCUGCUCCACCCCUGCCACUAUCCUGGGUGAUGCUGAAGUCCCCGUGGAUGGCCCACCGCUGCCCUGGUAUCAGCUCCUGAUCUUUCCUGCAGCUCUGGAGGCUCUCCUCCACCGUGUCCUUUUGGCCCCUUGGUCACAUCCUGACCCCAGGACCUCCGGGCGUUUUUCCAUUUCUGGAAGUGUGAGCUCCUGAUCAUGAUUGCCUCCUUCCUGCUCUGCUGCUCUAUAAAUCAUAUUUAUUCUUUUUUUUUUUUUUUUUUUUUUGCGGCACGCGAGCC